UAAUUUGACGCUCAAAAUCAGCGUGAAUUGUCAUCAAAGGUUGCACUUUUAGGUUAUUUUCAAGAAAUUUACUAUAUUAAUAUUACAUGAUGAACAUUUUGGAAAAACUUGUUCUAACGUAUGGAAGCUUUUAGUAUAUUGUGAAAGAAUACUUGCAACAUAUACUUAACGUAUCUGUAAUGUGAUCAAACAAACAAAAGGCAAUAAUAAUGGCACUAGAAAGUUCUAAAAAUAAAUCCAGAAUCCCUUAUAUACCGGGUACAAAACCUUCCAUUAAAAAUGCACAGCUUCUUGUAUCUACUGGAAUACCUUCUUUGGAUUAUACGAUAGGUGGUGGUCUACCUAUCGGAUCUAUAUUUUUAAUUGAGGAAGAUACUUAUGGAACUUAUGCUCAUGUGAUGCAAAAGUAUUUUAUAGCAGAAGGAAUAGUUUCCAAUCAUCCUUUGUUAAUAGCGUCUCAAGAUACAGAACUUACUACUUUGUUGUCAAAAAUACCAGCUCCGAUAACAGACAAUGUUUCUGAACCCAACAUACAAUCUAUGGACGAACGAAUGAAAAUUGCAUGGAGAUAUCAGAAUUUAAAAACGGUAGAUUCAUCUCCUAUGGGAGGACAUGUUUUUGGACAUUUCUAUGAUCUUACAAAAUCAAUGGACAAAAAAGUUAUUGAUAAUGUAAAUAUAACGCAGUGGGAAAAACCAAUGAAAAAUAUAAAGAAUAGUGUUUUUGGAAACACUGCUUAUGAAGAUCUAUUAAAAACUGUUGCGAAAACUUUAAAGAGUGGAGAAUUUUUCACUUCCGAUGAACCAAAUAAAAGAAAUGUAUUGAGAAUUUCUAUUGAUUCUUUGGGUUCUCGAAUGUGGUUUUGUGAUACAGAAGAGAGUACGCAUGCAGAUAUAUUUAAAUUUCUAUAUUGCUUUAGAGCUCUAUUAAGAAAUUCUUUUGCUGUUGCGUUGAUAAGCGUUCCAACUCUGAAUUUUGACAAUUAUGAUAAUUUCGUGGGACGACUAGAGCACUUAUCAGACUUCGCUAUUAGAUUAGAAUCUUUUGCUGGUUCAGCAAAAGAAACGAAUCCUCUUUUCAAGGAUUAUCAUGGUCUACUACAUAUAAGAAAAUUACCGGCCUUAAAUAUAUUGGCUCCUCAUACACCUGAAUCAAGAGAUCUUGUUUUUAAAUUACGACGUAAAAAAUUUAUAAUAGAGAUUCUUCAUCUACCACCAGAAUUUGAUGAUACUACCCAACGUGAACAAGAUGAAACACUAAAUAGUGGUUGUUCAGCCGGUAGGAAGAAAAAUCUUCUGGAAUUCUAACAUUCUUUUAAUUAUAAAUUUCCAAAUUUAAUUUAUUGUAUACGUUGGUGGCGAAAAUAAAACUGUAAAAAUAUGGACUGUAAAUAAAAAAUGAUAUUUUAUAAUCCAA